AGUUGGGAUGCCUGCUGACUAUGUGAACAAGCUAGCUAGAAUGUUCCAGGACAUCAAAGUGUCCGAAGAUCUUAACCAGGUUUUCAAGGAAGUACACAAACACAACAAGCUGGCUUUACCAGCGGACUCUGUGAACAUAAAGAUCUUGAAUGCUGGAGCGUGGUCACGCAGCUCAGAGAAAGUGUUCGUGUCUCUGCCCACCGAGCUGGAAGACCUCAUUCCUGAGGUGGAAGACUUCUACAAGAAGAACCACAGCGGCCGAAAACUCCACUGGCACCACCUCAUGUCCAAUGGCAUUAUCACUUUUAAGAAUGAAGUAGGGCAGUACGACCUGGAGGUCACGACCUUUCAGCUGGCUGUACUUUUUGCCUGGAACCAAAGACCACGAGAGAAGAUCAGUUUUGAGAACCUGAAACUUGCCACUGAGCUGCCUGAUGCUGAACUGAGACGAACUCUCUGGUCUCUCGUUGCCUUCCCAAAGCUCAAACGCCAAGUGCUGUUAUAUGAACCUCAAGUGAGCUCUCCCAAAGACUUCACAGACAGUACAUUGUUUUUCGUUAACCAGGAGUUCUCCUUAAUAAAAAACACCAAGGUUCAAAAGAGGGGGAAAAUAAACCUAAUUGGCCGAUUGCAGCUGACGACGGAGCGAAUGAGAGAAGAGGAGAACGAAGGCAUUGUCCAGCUUAGAAUAUUAAGAACACAGGAGGCCAUCAUUCAGAUCAUGAAGAUGCGCAAGAAGAUCACAAACGCUCAGCUGCAGACCGAGCUGGUGGAGAUUCUGAAGAAUAUGUUCCUCCCUCAGAAGAAAAUGAUCAAGGAACAGAUCGAGUGGCUCAUUGAGCACAAGUACAUCAAGAGAGACGAAACGGACAUUAACACUUUCACCUACAUGGCGUAACGCAGAAACGACUCCGGAGAUGAUCCGUGACCGUUCUCGAGGACGGCGUACCUGUCGAGGAUCAGGAUGGUGAUGUCUCGAAGAUACUGCUUAGGCUGCUGGUCUGGCGGCGUAGUCAUGAGCUUGUUAUAACAACAGACAGUCACACAUCAGAUACAAAAAUUUAUUUAAAAAAAUAAUAAAUCCCUGCCUUACCUUACAGUGAAGACACAUGGGAUGAGGAUAGAAAAAAUAGGAAAAAUGACAAAAGGAUCCUAUUUUUGCCAUUGGUAGUCAGUAUGCAUGGUGCGCGGUUUGCCUUUUGUAUGUGUACAUCUCCAGCAGCAUGCGGUCAGUGGGAAUGUCACAUUCAUUCCAGGACUUGUUUGUGUGUGCCGUGCUACGAGUGUUUUUUCCCACUCCCACAUCCUCCGUCUGGACCUCGCCGUGUCCCAUCUUCAGUGCGCAACCCGGGGUGAGAGCCGUCCCACCAUCGCAACCACAAACACCUGGCCUUGCAUGACGACACUGGAGUCACUGAGGAGUGCGGGCCGGGAUGGAGGACUAGCAUUAGCACUUUUCACACUCUCCGCCAGAACAUGUCAGCAUGGCUUUAUUUGGGUUGUUUUUCACGUCUUCGUGUUUCGUUUCGAUUUAUUUUCUUCGCCAAAAUAUCAAGAAUGAAAGAUUAGAUUGGCUAAUAGCAGUUAAGACGACAUUGUUACUCUUUAAAAUGGCAGGAAAAGUCAACUUGGCAUUCAGAUGUCACAAAGGGUCAAGGUUUGAGAAGAAAAUCUGUUGGUUUGCGAUGUUUUGGGGGGUUUUUUUCAGUGUACAUGCGUUAUUGUUGUGCACCUGGUCAGGUUGCAGUUUCUUUUUUGUUUACUAUGCUUUUAGAUCAGAAUUUUCCGUUAUCGGUCUCAAAUAGCGACUGAGAUGCCGACUAAAAUGCCAACUGAUUUGUAAAAUGAGCUUGUGAUGAGGUGGCCCCACUAAGGUCCUGUAACAUAUAGCCUAUUCGUCAAACCUGAUGAAUUUUAGCUACAAUUCUGAUUUAUUAUCAUCGCCCCAUCACGGCUGAGCGUAAACAAGCAGUAAAGCACAGUUACAGGAGUCCGAAUAAAGCAAGCACUGCUUCAACCUCAGGUAAAGUAGGGCAGAGUUAUUUUAAAAGUAGGUUGUGCUAACUUUAAUUUGCCUUGCGGUUCUUGCUAAUCAAAUAUUGCCAAAGCAAAGCACAAGAGUGCUGAUCUCAAAAUCAAAUAACGUUGGAUCUAUUACAGACAUUGUUUCUCCUCUAUUUCUGAGGUCACCCUUGUUGGCACAUUUAGUGAAAAACAGGAAGUCUGGUCUUUUUUUUUUUACUCAUUAUUACCCUAUUAUGACCGAGUAUCUAUGAACAAAAGCUUGUGCAAUUACUGAUCAGCUGUUUAUUAUAAUCAAAUGAACUGUCUCCUGAUCAGCCUGCCAGUGUGUCCUCAAUAAAAAAUAACAACAUAAAUAUAAUUUUUACUGGCUGAUGACGUCUAGACUUGAUUGUACAUUCAUAUCCAACCUCAAAACACUCAGUCUAAUGAGGAGAACAUGAUGACGUCCCAAUGAAAUGCUCACUGAUAUUUCUAUAACAUUGCUGCAGUUCAGCUGUCCAUCUCCACUAUGGCAUUUUCUGUCAAUUAUGUUUUUGUCUGUUUUUAAUGCAGCGCAGUCACUCAUUUGUAUCCUCAGUGUUUGAUUUCACAUGGUAAUUCGAAAUAGUAAAAAGGUUCACUUCGAUUGUAUUGAAAAGCCGUUCUUUAUAAGAUCCAGAUGUACAACCGUGUUUGAGAACAUUGUGUUAUUUGAUUGUCCACCUUAUUUAUUGAUAACUUAAGUAUGAUUGUGUGUGUGUGUGUGUGUGUGUGUGUACACGCUUAGGAGCCUUUUACAACAGGGUGCUGUCAUAUCC